CAAAAAUAAAAGCCCUAAUCGAAUCCACACGAGUGACCAUCCAAACCCCCCGUUGGCUUUGUCCCCGUUGCCGGCGUACUCCGUCGUCUCCUUCAUCUCUGCCGCGAACUUCCAGGGCAAUUUUCAGCUCUAACGCCGUCAUUUGUUUGCCAUUUCACAAAUUUGAUAAUGGAACAAACUUCAACAUCUCAAGGGUCUGGCUCUGACCCACCUAUCGAGAGUAAAUCUUUUGCACCUUCAACCCCAACUGUGGCACUUGCUUUAGGUGCAAGUACACCCACCUCAAAGGAUGGAGACGGUUCAAUGGUUGACACGGAUCCAGCAAACCGUGCUAGUCCACAUGGUCAUGUUGCCUCCACACCUUCAUUUUCAUACAACGUGCCUCAAAAUGCUAUUACAAGUUCCGAGAGCCCUCAUCAAUCUUCAGCCAGCACUCCUAUGAUAAACUCACCAGGGACUUCUUCAUUUCCGAGACCUCCUGUUCCUGGUGUUUCUGCCAGUUCAGGUGCUUCAUUUUCAUAUAGCAUUCCACAAGCAGAGUCUGCUUUCUCUGGUGGGCUAUUAUUCCACCCAAGAAUGAUGGCUGUCUCACCGAUGUCUGAAGUGGCAAAGAACGUGUCACCUUCUGCAACAUCCUUGCAACCUUCUGUUCCUGGGCAGGCGGCACACCCUGGUUCAAUAUUAAGAGGUCCUACUGCGCAGUUCAUGCCACCACCUUCACCUGUUGCUGUCCCAAGAGAAGCGCCAUCCAAUGCUGCUAGUUUUUCUUAUAAUGGACACCAGCAUUUACUGCAGAAGGAUCAGUCUGCACCAUCUAUACCUACAGGACAUGGUGCUCAAGGACCUAGUGUAUCUUCUGCUGCAUCUAUCCCUCAUCCCGUUUCACAACAUGCUCAUUCUACUUUAGUUGCCGCAUCUACAAACUCAAACGUUGCUUCAUCACCAUUCUGGAUGCCAUCUGCACCAUCUUUUCAACUGCCUCCAGGUGCACCAAGAAUUUCUGUAACAUCUGGCCCACCUGGAAGAGCUCCAGCUAUUCCUGUUCAAACUAGUCUAUCUCCUCAGCAGCCAUUUUAUGUUUCUAAUCCUCCUAUGAUGGGACCUCCGCAGGGAGCCUGGCUUCAGCCUGCACCAAUUGGUGGCUUCCCAAGACCCCAGCUUUUACCAUAUCCACCUGCUUUUCCUAGUUCCUUUCCUUUGGCAGCUCAGCCUCCUGGUACUUCAGUUGGAGCUUCUGCUGUGACAUCUAUAUCCCAUGCAGUCUCUGACAGUGUGCCAUCUGAGGUGCCACAUGAUUUACCGCCAGGAACUGACGAUAGCAAGCAUAUGAAUGCUGUUGGAGCUAAGGAUGAAUCAGUUCCUGCUGAGCAGUUGCAUGCAUGGUCAGCCCAUAGGAGUGAAACAGGAAUCAUAUACUAUUAUAAUGCUGUGACCGGGCAAUCUACCUACCAAAAACCUACUGGUUUUAUGGGAGAGCCUGAUAAAGUUUAUGUACAACCGACUCCAGUUUCAUGGGAGAAGUGUGCUGGCACAGAUUGGUCACUAGUUACUACAAAUGAUGGCAAAAGAUACUACUACAAUGCUAAAACCAAGUUGAGCAGCUGGCAAAUACCAACAGAUGUGAUUGAGAUGAAAAGGCGGCAGGAUGCUGAUGUUUUGAAAGAACAAUCAGCACCAGUAGCUAAUGCUACUACUCUAACUGAAAAAGGUUCUGCUCCUUUAAGCUUGAGUUCCCCUGCUAUUAGCACAGGUGGCCGUGAUGCUAUGUCCCCUGCAACAUUAAGUGUGCCUGUAUCAUCAUCAUCAUCUGCACUGGAUUUGAUAAAAAAGAAGCUGCAAGAUUCCACGUCGCCUGCUACCUCUUUGCCACACGCAGCUUCGGCAGGAGGAAUGCCUUCUGAACUGAAUGGGUCUACACCAGUUGAUCAAGUAGGGAAGGGAUCACAUAGCGAGAAUGGAAAAGAUAAGGUGAAGGAUGAAAACGCUGAUGGAAAUUUAUCCAACAGCUCGUCGGAUUCAGAGGAUGUGGAUAGUGGACCAACCAAGGAGGAGCGUGCUAUCCAAUUCAAGGAGAUGCUCAAGGAGCGUGGGGUAGCCCCAUUCUCGAAAUGGGAGAAGGAGCUUCCAAAAUUUGUGUUUGAUCCACGUUUCAAGGCAAUACCAAGUUAUAGUGCUCGGAGAGCUAUCUUUGAUCAUUAUGUUCGAACACGUGCUGAAGAAGAACGUAAAGAAAAACGAGCAGCACAGAAAGCUGCAAUUGAAGGUUACAAACAGUUACUGGACGAGGCGAAGGAGGAUAUCGACCACAACUCUGACUAUCAAACAUUUAAAAGAAAAUGGGGUCACGAUCCUAGGUUUGAGGCUUUAGACCGGAAAGAGCGUGAAGCUCUUUUAAAUGAAAGAAUUCUUACCCUAAAGAGGUCUAUUGAAGAAAUGGCUCGUGCAAAAUGUGAGAGUUUUAAGUCGAUGCUUCGCGAUAACAGGGAUAUUUCUCUAACUUCUCGUUGGUCUAAGGUCAAGGAUAUCCUAAGAAAUGAUCCCCGAUACAAAUCUGUGAAGCAUGAGGAUAGGGAGGCUAUAUUCAAUGAAUAUAUCUCUGAGUUAAAGGAGUCUGAAGAGGAAGCUGAAAGGGCUGCAAAGGCAAAACACGAUGAGGAGGAUAAGUUGAAGGAAAGAGAGCGAGUACUUCGUAAGCGGAAAGAGCGUGAAGAACAAGAAGUGGAGAGGGUGCGUUCAAAAGCUCACAGAAAGGAAGCCAUUGAAUCAUAUCAAGCAUUACUUGUAGAGACAAUCAAAGAUCCUCAGGUUUCAUGGGUGGAUGCAAAACCUAAACUAGAGAAGGACCCUCAAGGGCGUGCAGGCAACCCUUACUUAGAUGUAUCAGAUCUUGAAAAGCUUUUCCGUGAACACAUUAAGUUAUUGCAUGACCGGUGUGCACACGAAUACAAAGCUCUGUUGGCUGGUGUGAUAACCACAAAUGCAGCUAAAAAAGAAUAUGAAGGUGGUAAGACGGUUUUUACCUCAUGGUCAACAGCGAAACACCUUCUCAAAGAUGAUGCCCGAUACAACAAAAUGCCUAGAAAAGAUAGGGAGGCUUUGUGGCGGCGACAUGUCGAUGACCUGCAACGAAGGCGAAAGUUAACAGUUGACGAAGACUCGGAAAAGCAUGGAGAUGGUAGAAUAGUAAGCUCAGUUGAUUCUAGGAAAUACAUUUCAGGGUCUAAAAGAAACCAUGAUCGCCGAUAGCUUUGUUUGGGGCUAGAUUCAUUUUACAUCUUAUCUCCGAUAGAGUUACUGUGUGUGAUCUCAUAUAUUAUUUUUCUUAGUCUUUCUGUAUACUAUGUUAUUGCUAGGGUAGUCCCAUGUCGUUCAGGUGCGUGUAUGUGCCUAUUGAUUGUGGUCAAAACAAAAAUUUAGUCAUCUAGUCUAUAUAUGUCAUUAUAUUGCUCUUGUUUUUA